AUGACAGAUCUAAGCAGUUCUCCACCCAACUAUGAUGCUAAGAAGAGGCAACGAGUAUCGAUAGCCUGCCUUCCAUGCCGGGCGAAGCGCAUGCGUUGUGACGGACAACAGCCUGUCUGUGGGUCGUGCGUGAAAAGAGGAAUAGAUUGCGAAUAUCAACACGGCGAAAAUAAACGAAGGCCACCUAGCAAGAAAUAUGUUGAAUCACUACAGGCUCGCAUCAGCCAACUAGAGGCUCAACUAGUGGCUCUGGGCUCAUCAGGGCCGCUUGGUCCUGACAUCAAAGACCCGCAUGAAGAUGACCCCGACAAUGGCAGCGUCGAUGAGGAGCCCGAUCCUCUCUCAGAACUUACUGGUCUCGUUGGCCGUCUGAAUGUCAUCGACGAUGGCCAACUUCACUACUUUGGCUCCCAGAGCUCAUACAAUCUCCUUAAAGGACCUCUACACAGUGCCACACCCCAGGCAACACCGCUCAGGAUGCAAACACAAGGUAUCAGCGCCGCUGCUCAGUUGGGCCUAUUGGUCACCAUCUCUGCCGAGCUCCAGGAUCACUUGCUCGAGCUCUACUGGCGGUGGCAGAAUCCUUGGAACUACAUUGUCCACAAGGGGGCAUUCUUGGCGAGUCUCCGGGGCGAGAAUGACGGGCGGUAUUGCUCGCCACUGCUCCUCUCGUCCAUCUUUGCCAUUGCAGCUCGCUAUUCAGACCGGCCGGAACUAUGCUCAGUGCCAGGAGAUCUUAGCACAGCUGGUAGCGCGUUUUGCGAGCAGGCCAAGGUUCUCCUCCUGUAUGAAAGUGAAGCGCCCUCUGUAGCGACCGUGCAAGCAGCUUGUCUCUUGGCACUUCGCAUCAUGUCGGAUGGCAAGGAGGCACUAGGUUGGCUGUACUGUGGAAACGCAACGAGAAUGGCACAUAACCUUGGCCUACAUCUAGACUGCGCGGCAUGGAUCUCGUCAGGACAGAUAUCAGAGCAUGAGGCUGAGGUAAGAAAAGUCACAUGGUGGGGAUGUUUUGUUGUGGACAAACUCUUCUCACUUGGAUUGGGUCGACCAAGUAGUAUCCAAAAGUCAGGCAUCACUUGCCCCAAGCCCAGCGUCAACAAGGAUGAAGAAUAUGCCCCGAACCGUAAAUCGUCAACUAGAGACGUCGAGGAUAUUGUCAGCAAAGCAGAUGUAGAGUUGAGAACAAGCUAUGCUACACUGCCGAGUUAUCUGCGCUUGUCGUCAUCACAAAAGACGCCAACUCUUCCCCAUAUUUACCUGUUCCAUAUCCAAUACCAUGCACAUUUGAUUCUCCUGCACCGGCCCCUGGUUCAAAGCGACCGUCCUCAACGAUCAAAAUCAAGCAAGACAAACAUGGGAAACGGGAAUAUUACUGAGCAAAUUGACGAAUCUGCCGACGAUCGCCACAUGGCUACCUGCCGGGACUCAGCCGCGGAGAUUGCAAAGUUAUUGCGUCUCUAUAAAAUACAUUACACCUUGCGUCAAGUACCCAUCGCUGCCGUUCAUCUCUGCUUCUCGGCUGCCGUGAUUCAUCUCAUCGAUGCCAGGCCAUCGAGCGCACAUAGAGCCCAAGCAAUCCGGCAUCUCGGCACGUGUGUGGAUGCGCUCCAAGAUCUGAAAAGGCCUUGGUGCACAUGGGCGGAGCGGUCUCUCAGAGCUGUGCAAUUGCUGGCGCGCGAGUGGUACCACUGUGACGACUUUUCAGAUCUGCAAAAGAGUUCUCAUCUUGAACAGAGGGAUCAUCUCGCUGCAGCAGAGGGGGAGAUACUCAUUGCACCUGAUGAAUUGGGUGCCAAUACCGUGCGGUGCGAUCCAGGGCAUGACGGCGUCGAUCUGUUGGUGCCGUAUGGCGUCAACAUGGCACCAACUUCAAGUAAUGAGCAAGUCUCUAAUGAGAUGGGGGAUUCUGCAGAUCAGCUGGCCUUUCUGUUUGAGUUUUCCGCUCCCGAGCAGGAGACAGAUGUGCUCAUCAGAGAGUGGCUUUCAGAUAGCGGAUAUGGCCUGUCCGGCAAUGCAGUGGAUAUACAGUAA